CGGUAAAGGAUAUCCUAAAUUUGGUGGAUCAAAAUGCGGCGGCGGCGGCCGCAGCUGCUGCCGCAGCGGAAGCGGAUUAUCUUGGAUGCCAGAUGGAAAGCCCAUCAACUUCCCACCUUGGUCUAGCCUACUCCGGUUACGAUCAGAGCUACACCGCUCACAACGACGCCUACCAGAUGAUCCCCCAUGGCUACAUCCCCGCAUCGCACCACCAUCACGACUACACAAACUACAGUCCCUCACCGACGGCUUGCUACGAUUACAAUACUCCUGCAGCAGCUCCUCCACACUAUCACCAUCACCACCACCACCACGCUCAACAACAGCAUUCGCUGCCGUCGUACAGCUCCUAUCAUCACCACCACCACCACCCCCAUUCGCCUACUUUGAUGCCGGGCGGCAGCUCCAACGGAAACGGAAGCACCCACUCCGAUCUGGAAAUGUCCCUCGCAGUUAUCGACGAUCCAAAGGAAUGUACCUUCCAGAUUCAGGAUGUCCGCUCUACCAACCCGGCAGCCAUUGACGUAAACAGUAUGGACGUAAACGAUCCCAUAGGGUCUCCGAUGGGGGACGUUGUCGGUAGUUCUCCACAAACUCCCGUGCGUAAACCGAAGGAAGAAUCUAGUUUCAGCGUUACACCAAACAGUUCGAACAGAGUUACGUCCGAGCACGUCCAGGAGCUGGACAGUUUGUGUCAGAUGAAUAACAACGAGGAGGAAACCGUGCAAAAAGAAUGCAACUCCCAGCUGGUAACCUCAUCGCGCUGCGAACUACGCAAAAACGGCAAACUGCGAGCCAAGCGAAAACCUCGGAUCCUCUUCUCGCAGGGUCAGGUUCUCGAACUGGAACGAAGAUUCCGGCAGCAGCGCUAUCUAUCGGCACCGGAGCGCGAAACACUGGCGAACCUUUUGAAGCUCACCCCAACCCAGGUGAAGAUCUGGUUCCAGAACCGACGCUACAAAUCCAAACGGAUUCAGAUCGAGAAUGCAACCGCCGCCAAGGAGGCAACGGCCGGUAAGGAAGCCGAUAACACGAAAGGUUCCCUGUCGGUGGAGUUUGUUGAGGAAACCGUUGGAAACUAUUCGAGUGGGUUCGGUGCGAUGAGUUCGGUAACGGCGGCUAUGGUGCCUGCUCCUCCUCCACCUCCUCCACCUCCCUAUCCGGCCUACGGAAUGCAGUAUGGCAGUGAACAGUACGGACCACCCCCGAAUCCGUACUACGAUCAAAAGGGGUACUGGUAGAAACAGCUCCUAGUAAAUUAGUCUCGUUUUGUAAAUAACUACACUAGCUCAUCCGAUAUAGCUUUAACUUCUAACUCAAACCAAAGUGUUGCCAAUUCUAGACCAAAUGUUGU